AUGGAAAAAAUGGAAAACAAAGAAAAUAAUAUUCCGGUGGAAGAGUGGGAGAAAUUGUAUGAAUUGUGUAAAUCAUAUUUAGGCGCCCAAUGGUCUGAGAUUAGUGCCACUGAGCUAAUUAUAAAGCCCGUAACUGUCCAGUUGUCGCAAUGCAAUAUCAGUCCCAAACUGUUGGGUGUGUUCUCCAACGGAACCAUCAAUGAGUACAUCGAUUCCAGAUAUUUCAACGCCACGGAUGACCUGAACCCUAAGACAGUGGCCGUAUUGGCCCAAAAGUUGGCCACAUUUCACUCACAACGGAUACCAAUACCUAAUUCUCCUAAAUUACUGUUUGAAAAGAUGGCAGACUUUGUAACCGACAAAGUAAUUGAAUCCUUCGUUAGCGGGACUGUUGGCCAACAGAUACGGGACAACAACUUCCGGGUCCAAGAGUUGGUUCCGCGGGCGGAGAUGUCUUGGCUCCUAAAGACAGCCAAACAGCUGAAUAGUCCCAAAGUUUUCUCCCAUAAUGACCUCAAUCGGCGCAAUAUUUUGGUCAGAGAGUCGACUGCGAACAAUAACCAGGAGCUGGACAUCUAUCUCAUAGACUUUGAUUGGUCUAACUAUGCCUAUCGGGGCGUAGAUAUUGGCCAAUACUUUAGCAGUUGGUGUCAUAAAGAGACCGAGUUUGGCGACGGCCAGUUCCCGGCCGAUCACCAGAUGUUGCCCUUCAUUGACGCCUAUAUCGACGAGAUGUGCAAAAUUCAUGGCAACUCUUAUCGGGAAUUACCGAUCAAUUCCCGGCAGUCAAUGACCAAAGAGGCAAAAGUGUAUACUUUAAUGGCAUAUAUGAAGAGUAUUAUGUAUUGUAUUGGUAUGACAACUAAUACCAACUGCACAGAUCUUAUGCCAAAAGCGGAGACCAGUUAUAACUGCUAUCGAGUGCUGAAGAAUCGUAUUCUUGAGGAAUAUUCAGACAUUCAUUAA